AGGUCACCGGCGGUGGUGAUGCGUUGUGUAUUGUGUUGUUUUUGCUAGUUUUGCUAGGAUUUAGACGAAAGAAAUUCUAAUCAUACGGUUUUUCUAAAAGCAAAUCUCCAUUAUCUUCACAAUGUCGGAGAAAAUGGGAUUCGAGACGUUACGAGCGAAGUACAAAGAUGUACUCUCAAAAGCCUUCAGCACUAAUAACAUUGACUUGCUUGACUCGUUCUCUAAGAACAUUAACGAGUCAGAUAGAAAAGCCGCCAUGGACCAAGCAUUUCGAGAUAAACUUCUAGAGCUGCUCACUGAGGACGCGGAAACUCUUGAAAGCUACGUGAGCUUCUGCAUAGAAUCUUGCCGAAGACAUAUGGUCACUCCCACAAUGCCCGUAGUGCUUCUCGGCGAUAUAUUCGACGCUCUAACCUUAAAUAAAUGUGAAAAGAUGUUUACCUAUGUUGAAAAUGGUGUAAACAUCUGGAAAGAAGAGCUAUUCUUUGUCGCUUGCAAGAAUAAUUUAUUAAGGAUGUGCAAUGAUUUGCUACGGCGUUUAUCUAGGUCUCAGAACACUGUGUUUUGUGGAAGAAUUCUUUUGUUUUUGGCCAAAUUUUUCCCUUUUUCUGAGCGCUCUGGUUUGAACAUAGUGUCCGAAUUCAAUUUGGAGAAUGUAACGGAAUUCGGCGGAGACAACACAAGCACUCUAAAAGACUCUUUGGAUGAGGAAAUGAUGGUGGAAGAGAAGACUAAGCUGAAUAUAGACUACAACCUGUAUUGUAGGUUUUGGAGCCUGCAGGACUUUUUCAGGAAUCCAAAUACAUGUUAUAACAAGAUACAGUGGAAAACUUUUGUUGCUCAUUCCGGCAGUGUCCUCUCCGCCUUCUCCUCCUACAAGCUAGAAGCCAUAGAGCUCCAGAAAUCCAAGAUGAACCGUCUGAAGCCCGUCACCGACGGUGACAUGCACGGCACCAAGGAACAGCACUAUUUCGCCAAGUUCCUCACUAACCAGAAACUGCUUGAGCUGCAGCUGUCGGACUCGAAUUUUAGGAGAUGUGUGCUUAUACAGUUUUUGAUACUGUUCCAGUAUUUGUCUUCUAGUGUUAAGUUUAAGAUGGAAACUCAAGAGCUAAAGAAGGACCAGACAGACUGGGUAAAGGAGACCACAGCUCUCAUAUACCGACUGCUAGGAGAGACUCCGCCGGACGGACAGCGGUUUGCAGAGUGUGUGCAGCACAUACUCAAACGAGAGGAGCAUUGGAACGCUUGGAAGAAUGAUGGUUGUCCUGAAUUCCAGAAGCCUAAACCCCCAGCUGCGGGUGAAGAGGAGAUUCGCAAGAGCAAAGUCCGAAGACGUCCAGUUGGUGACAUCAUCAAGGAAUACGAGGGCCAGCAGAAGUGCUAUUUGGGAAACAAUGAUCUGACAAAGCUGUGGAACCUGUGUCCGGACAAUCUCUCCGCCUGCCGCACUAAAGAACGGGACUUCAUGCCUUCACUACACAGUUACAUGGCGACCGCGCUGGAGCCGGGCUCGGGCGCGCGGCGCACGGCGGACGGCGCGUGGGGCUGGCGCGCGCUGCGCCUGCUGGCGCGCCGCUCGCCGCACUUCUUCAUCCACACCAACACGCCCAUAGGCCGCCUGCCCGACUACCUGGCCGACAUGGUGAAACGUGUGACGCGUGACGCCGCCUUGGCUGAGUCCAGUAGCAACGGAGAUGCCGCUAACUCCAUCAAGCAGGAACUCAAACAGGAGCCCGCCGAAGAGGAGGGCGGGGAAGAACAGAUGGAGGAGGUGGUGAUCAAAGAAGAGGACAAUAACGAUAUGGAGCAGGUGCCCGACUCGACCAACGAAGAGUACGACGACAAGGCCGCCCGCACCCGCGUCACCAUGCUCACGCCUGCGCAGAUGGACGCGCUCUGCCCCGCGCUGGGCGACUGGAAGAAACUCGCCGUCAAACUCGGCUUUAAAGCCGACGAGAUACAGUACUUCGAAACGGAGAACGCCACGGACUUGCUGAGAGCUAAGAAUAUGCUUCAGUUGUGGUGUGAUGAUGAUGAGGACGCGUCGGUUGAGAACUUGCUGUAUAUUAUGGAGGGGCUUGGGAUGGCCGAGGCGUGUGAGGCGCUUAGGAACGCUAAGUGAUAAGUGAUUGAGUAAUAAACGUAUAUUAUGGAGGGGGUUGGGAUGGCCGAGGUGUGUGAGGCGCUUAGGGACGCUAAGUGAUAAGUGAUUGAGUAAUAAACGUAUAUUAUGGAGGGGUUUGGGAUGGCCGAGGGGUGCGAGGCGCUUAGGAACGCUAAGUGAUUGAGUAAUAAACGUAUAUUAUGAGGGGCUUGGGACGGCCGAGGCGUGCGAGGCGCUUUGGAACGCUAAGUGAUAAGUGAUUGAGUAAUAAACGUUUGUAAGGAGUUUUUUUUUAGGUUCUUUUUUUGUGGCGAAUGUAGAGCCCAUCCACGUGCACACUCGCCACUGCUAAAUUAUCAUGAAGGAAAGACAUUUAAAAAAGGGGGUCGCUACACGUACUGUAUUUUGUAUUUAAGUACCUUUUGAAUACAUCAUUAUGUUGCUGGAUUCGUCAAUCUAUGCGUCCAAAGUGAAAACGGCCGAUUUUGUUUUGACUACAGUACGUAGCGGCCCCCUUUUUAAAUAUCUUUUGUUAAAUUUAAAUAAUCACGAUUAUUUAGCAGUGGCGCUAGUGUGCACGUUGAUGGGCUCUGAAGUGAAGAUUGUUUCUAUAGUUAGGGGUCAUCCAUUAAUUACUUUUAUUUACUAGCUAAGUUGACUAAUGUCUCCCGGUUCUGCUGAAGGUGUAGGCGACUCCAGCAGACUAGACUCGCCUACCUGCGUUUGUCCUGCGCAGUCGAGCGCCGUCAGCGGGGAUGAAGGAGGCCUGGGGGCCGAGUCGACCGGGGGUCGGGGUCAGUUACCCCCGCGAGGCAAUAUGCCCUUUUCGGUCCGGAUUUCAAGCGAAACGGUUGCCCUGUAGCUAGCCACUGCAGGGAAAUGGGUUUUAUACGUUAUCGUGGACGUAUACCACCACGCUAUAAGUGUAAAAACGCCCAAUGGACACGCGUCCCGUAUGGAUGAGGUGAUACGGUCCGCAGGCGAGAUGUGGGGAGGGUGUAGUAACACUGGGGCUCGGCCAUGCUGACGGGGCAAGGGCGUGUGGAAACCCUGGGGAAAAUCGGAUCGUUUUCCCCGGCCAGGCGUCUGCAGCUCCCGAUGUCGCGCAUGAGUCCCAACUCAACACAUCUAUACCUCUUGGGUAGUCCUGGUGUCAAUGCGACAUCCCCAAAGGUGCGGGCUCCGUGGAGGGUGGGAAGCUCGAGAGGUGAAUUAUUAAGAAAAAAAAAUGGA